AUGCUGAUGAUAGCAGACGCGAGGGAUGGGAUGCUCGACAAGCCGCCCAACACCAUACCGGGCAAUGAUGAUAUGCACUCGGGAUAUCUCUACUGGACGACUCUGCGACACUCUGCAAAUGGGCAGCAUCAUGAAAUCCCCAUCCCAGAGCUCCAGCAUGUCGGCCAAGACCUGGCCACUGAGGGCAAGGGCAUGCCCAAAACCAGGAUGGAGAUAGCAAGACGGCAUUCGUCGAGUACCAUAUACUAUGCAUAUGGUACCAGCAGAGUCCCAGGUCGUGGUCAUCAUUAUGCUUGUGGUCUGGCCAGCAUUUGGGGUCCUACAUUGUCGGAGACUACCUGA